CUAGUCCAGAAAACGCGCGCACCGCUUCCUGGGGCAGGUUAUGCUCUCAUGCGGAGGUUCAGACUUUCAUGAGCUCAACUGGCAACAGUUUUCCAUAUGGUGAUGAACAGCAAUUACGAAGUUCGACCAUCGUUACAGCACAUCAGUGAAACAUGAUGAAGAAAGAGAUUGCAGCAGUGGUGUUUUUCCUGAAAAGACUGAUCAAGAAGGUAGAAAGGUUGGAUACCCAGAAAGUGGAUUUGUUUGUGGAGCGGUUGACUGUUGCCCUGCAGGAGAAGUUCAGGGGGCAUUGGUAUCCUGACAACCCCAGCAAAGGACAGGCCUUCAGGUGUAUUCGGGUGAACAGGUUGCAGAGGGAGGAUCCAGAGCUGCUGCGGGCCUGCCAGGAGAGUGGGGUUCAAUACAAGGACCUUGGCCUGCCCAGAGAACUCACCCUGUGGGUGGAUCCAGGGGAGGUGUGCUGCAGCUCACGUGAUUUGUGCUCAUGUUGCCAGGUGAGUGCUCAUACCACUCACACUGCCACUCAACCAGGAAGAUAUGGAGAGAGAAACCUUGCUUUCACUGUUGCUAGUUUCUCUGGUGAUGACAAAGAGGAUGUGACCAGCGCUGUCGAGAGGGUAACGUCUGACUACCACUCCUGUUCCUCCUCAGACGAGGAUAGUGGCCUCAGGGAAACCCGUCCUCCCCCUACCUUCCCUCAAAAUCGCCAUAAAUACCAGGUGAUCUACCCAGCUACUCCUUUGUGGCGUCCUCCAGUGCCCAAGCAGAAGAUGUGGCCGGGUAAAGGACAUAAUGGACCUCCACGUCCUCCUCACUAUGACUUCAGAACUCAAGGUAGACCCACCCAGCCCUUCAGACACAACGACUGGGCCCCACCUGGCCACAGAAGGUGGCAUGGAUACUGGGGUGGCACUCCAGGCCUGGCUCACUGUUAGGGACCACCGUAGCAAGUGUUGCUGUUAGUGUUAGCCUGUUCCAGGUUCCCUGAGCUGUGAAAGGGUGUCCACUAGAGCAAGCAAUAUAGUUCUUGUUGGAGGAGCAUGAGAGGGCAAACUAAAAUUCACUAACAUGACUGACCACAUUUUUAAAAACUAUUUUAGUAGUUUAAUAGUCACUCUGGAAACUCUUGAAUUUGUUUAAUUCUUUUUGAUAAGAACAUUAACUCUUUGCACUUUAGAUCAUUCGUAAUCGUGUGAGUAAAGGAAUCUACAGUUGUAAUGGAGAAGGAAUAUUGGAAUUUGUAUUUUAUAGCUAUGAAGAUAUAUGUACUGUAUUUAUAUUUGAUGGAUAAUUGUAUGUUACCUACUGUACUGUCCAUCAGUUAUGUUCUGAGAAUUUAUUUAUUCAGUUUACUCAUGAAUUGUGCCAACCUCUUAAAUUAUGAGACAUUAAACAAAUUUUCAAAUCA